CCUGAGGUUGAACCGGUGUCCCAAGUGAUACUGACCAACAAAUGUGUGGAACGAGCUCAGAGUCUGUAUGAAUUACUCCAGCGAUGUCAGGCUGAAUACUCACCCCAGCUGGAGCAGUAUCUGGCCGGUUACAGGAUGGCCAAGGAAAACAGUGAACGGAAAGAUCUGUGCCCAUUCUUGAAAUCGUUUGGAGUAUGCAAUGUCCAGAAUAAAUGUGACCAUCGACAUUUGAUGAUUCCUAGCCGGGAUCUGAAAACAGGUGACACAGCUUGUAGUACCUUGCCCACAUCAGGAGAAGUCAAGAUCAAGGUCAUAUACGUGGAAAAUGCCAGCCGAUAUUACUGCCAUCUGCUGGAGCAUCGAUCUGUCCCAGAUAAUGUCAGAACUGAUUUAAGGUUUCAGUACCAACGGCUGGUCAUGGAGAUGGUCACAUUCUUCAGCAAAGAGAGCAACCAUGUUCCAUAUAUCCCCAGUGAAGAUCCUUUUUUGGAUAGUGUUUGUGCCUUCCGGGAUAGUGAUGGCAUCUACCACAGGGCUAAAGUUGUGACAGUGAGCAAGAAGUCCAUUGCUGCAGCAGCAGCAGAGUAUCGUCUGUGGCUAGUGGAUGCAGGUCAGCUCAAGACUGCUACCAUUGGCCAGCUUUUGAAGCUGCCCCAGACUCUAGCUCAAAUUCCGUAUCAGGCAGUAGAGGCUUACCUGUGCUGUGUGAAGCCCAUGGACGAUGAUGUGGAAUGGACAGUUGAGGCAAAUAUGUUUAUUAAUAAUCUUGUGCAAGGCAAAGAGCUGGUUGGACGCAUCAUGUUGAGUGUUGGCCUGACAGUCUGGCUGCUUCCAUUGGUUCAUCAAGUGACCUUGAAAUCCGUAGGCGUGGCCAAUGAUAUCAAUGUGAGACAGGAGCUGCUGGGAAACAAAUUUGCAGCAGUCAACCCUGAGCACAUACAGAACUUGUUUGAGCUUUUCAGAGGCAAGAUUGACAUCUCAGAGAAGCUGAUGAGGCAGUAUUUUGAUUAUACUCUGCAGAUGGAGAUGAGACAGGAAAGUCUGACAGAAGGGGAUGGGUUUCAUGAAGUCAGCAUUGCCGCAGUGAUCAGCCCUGAUUUGUUCUAUGUGCACAAGUGGGAGAACUUUGAACUGUUGGAAGCACUGGAGACGAGGAUUGCGGAGGUUGUUAAGCAAGAGAAGGAGAAAAAUGAUCUGGAGCAGCAUAAGGUUGAUGUGGACAUGCAGCUUGAGAAGGGCAGUGUGUGUUUAGCUCUCUCUGCAGACAACAGAUGGUACAGGGCUCAGAUUGUCACUGAGCUGAUCUCUGGCAAGUGGUUGGUGUUUUUCCUAGACUACGGUGACAAGGAGAAGAUCCUCAAAAGCCACGUGAGACCCCUGCCCAGAGAGCUAGCUGAACUGCCCUGCCAGGCCAUUGAGUGUCUGCUGGCCUACAUCCAACCUCCAGGUUCCAGGUGGGAUAGGCAGGCUGCAGAUGUUAUUUGUGAUCUGGCCUACUUUGCGAAUGAAGAAAAAAAGAAACUCUUUGCUAAGGUUGUAAGCAAGGUUGAUGCAUGUUAUGGGAUCGGACAAAAGCUGGUUGUGGAUCUUUGCGACACUGAUGUGAGGUUCUCCCAGGAGGUUGCCUGGAGAUGCAAGGCCAGGUGCACAGAGGAAGAAACUGCUAUCAAGGACUUAGUAGAAAAGCCGGCCCUAAAGAAACAACUGUUCUUUAACACCUGGGACAAGAUUCCCUUCCUGUGUGCCAACAUUUACUGGUCUGAGGACCAUUCUGACAUUGUCAAACAAGCCAGCGAGCUGCGGGAUAUUCUUUCCUGUAGAGAUGAAGGGUGGGAUGUGGACCUGCUACAGAGGGAGACCCUGUGUUCAGCAUUCAAGGUUGUUGGUUACAUCCAGGACUCUGACGCCCAUGGCAUUCUGAUUGACAGUCUGGUGACCUGCUGUCUGGACAGUGACAGGGUCGCUCAUUUAGCAGUGUCUGCACACUUUUUGUCCAGUCUGGCAGCAUGUCUUGAACAGGCCAGCAGACCUAGCGUCCAGCAGCAGGCAGCCAAGGCAGUGACACAGCUAGUCACUCAAGAGAGCUUACUGAAGUCACUGACUGACUGUAACUAUAUAGUGUCAGUCCUUGCUCAGUUCCUGUGUCGACCUUUGAGUUCAUCCACCGAGUUGGAGACCCUAAAAAGUGUGUGUAGUGCUGCGGCAAAACUUGUACAGGUGACAGAUGAAAGCGUGUGUGCUGAGCUGAAAACCUCAGUAAUGGUGGACCAGAUUUUCUCCGCACUCAAGCAGACAUCAGUUGAUCAGGAAAGAGUGCCAUGGCUGGAGAUGCUUGCUGCCAUGGCAACAUGGGACAGCUGCCACAGCUGUUUGAUGAGAGAAGCCCAUGUUGCUGACAUCAUGAAUCUCCUUGUCCAGUGCUCCUGUGAAAAGUGCUUGUUUUGCCUGAUGUCGGUGUUCAGAUGCCUGGUGACCAGCAGCUGCAAGCACAAGGUUGCACUGUUGGAGAACAAGCUGCUGAUCAUCCUCAAGGACCUUGAAGCUGGUGGACUCAGCAGCCCUACAGUUGAAGUCUGCCUGCAGCUGAUGGAAGAGCUCAGCCUGACCCUGCCGAAGCCUGAAAGUUUGGCUGGGGUUCAAGCCUGCCAACCAACCAAAGUCUGUAAAAUAGUUUCACCAGUUGUCACUUGGUCACAGAACUGCUUCAGAAUUCUUCUGACGGUCCAUAUCAGCGAUGCCAGAGUGGAGGAUUUCUCGGUAUCUGAUUCUAAGAUCUAUUGCAGGAGUGAGUCAGGAGGAGUGAGGAGCCAGUUUGACUGGGAGCUGUACGAUUAUGUGAUUCCAGAAAAUUCCAAGGUUUGUGUGUAUGCCAGCUACUCACUUGUGUCGCUGUGCAAACAGGCAAAAGGAAAAUGGAGUCGACUUUUGAAACAGAAAGUCAAGCUUCCCAAUCUGAGGCCAGACUUUGAACAUCCUUUCAACAGCGAUGAGGACGAAGAUGUUGAAGAUGAGGACAACAUUACAAAGCUCACACAGAAGAAAAAACUUUUGUGCCAAGAGGAAAUGUGGCAGGUAAAAACUCUGAAAACAUUUGAAUCCUCGGAGGAGAGCAGUGAUGAACUUGCCUGGAACAGCCACAGCUCUGAUGAUGAACCAGCCGUAGAUAUAGGCUCCAUCAUAUCCAACGCUGCCAUGUACACUUCUAAAAUGUGA